AUGGAGGCUGAGCCCAGCCAUUCGGCUGAUGGGGAUCGCUCUGAAACACAAGAGCAGCAGCAUGUGACAGCCGGAUCCUCUUUUGGGUCUUGUCCACAGCCCCAGCAGCCUUCUAAUCCUCGUCCAGUACACAGAGCUUUGUGUCGACUGCAAAACCGCCAACCCAAACGUUCUGAUCUUCUUCGGUUACAACAGCAAGCAGUAGCAUGGCAGCAUACGGAAACCCCAGGUCCUUCAGGAGGCAGCUUUUUCUCUCCAGGUUCCACAUCAACCUCAUCUCAUCACUCGUCGCCCUCCACCCAGGGUGAACAUGGUCCCAAGAGCUCAUCUCAAUCCAGCCAAGAAACAAAAGAAGGGGUUAGCUCUCCCAGGAAAGGUGAGAAGAAACCCCCCAAACCAGGGAAGUAUGUCUGCACUUACUGCGGUCGUCCAUGUGCCAAGCCAAGUGUUCUUCAGAAACACAUUCGCUCUCAUACAGGAGAAAGACCUUAUCCUUGUGCCCCUUGUGGAUUUUCUUUCAAGACCAAGAGUAAUCUGUAUAAGCAUCGAAAGUCCCAUGCUCACCGUAUUAAGGCAGGCCUUGCAUCCAGUCAUGAUGAGCCCAGUUUGAGUGGGCCAGACUGCAGUGGUGUGGCAGAAGAUGCCGAGGAGCAUACCGAGGGAGAAAGCACAGAGUCUGAAGAUGAGACGGGUCAGCACAAAAAAUCCUCUCAUGAGACUUUGGCUCGGCAGAAGAAUGUUGGUAAGGAGCUACAAGGAGGAUCAGUUGAGAGCCAGAGACCCGAUGAUACUCAAGCUGUCAAGCAAAGGCUCGCACUGAGGCUUAGUGAAAGAAAACGCGGCCCAAUGGCUUCACCAGAUGAUCCUCCUUCUUCUCUUUCAACCUCAUCUUCUCUUGGCCCUGGAAGUAAAGGCAGCACAGAGUCUGGUUACUGUUCCGGAUCAGGCAGUACUGACUUAUCCCAUGUUAGCCCUCCCAGUGCCAGUGCCAAAUCCUACGCAGAAAUCAUUCUUGGGAAAUAUGGAAGGUUGGGAGGGCAGCAGCGUAGUCCGCAUCCACAUCAUUCUCAGUCACCCCUCUCCCCACUGUCUGGAACGGAGGAUAAAAGUAUUUCCUUUGCUGUACCCAAAACCCAAGUAAUAGAACAUAUUACAAAACUUAUAACCAUCAAUGAAGCAGUGGUAGACACCAGUGAGAUUGACAGUGUAAAGCCCAGGCGGUCUUCUCUGUCAAGGAAAAGUAGCUUUGAGUCUCCCAAAAUGACAGCCUCAAAAGACCCCUACACGUUUGAUCCCAAAGGAGAAGCCCCCGGUCCCAGCGGUUUAAGGCACCUUCAAAAUCCAGAGACAGAUCCACCAAUCACCCCGGUAUUGUCAGCAGUGCCUCUUCUCAGAAGCCACUCAAUGCCAUCAACGACCAGUCAGUUAGAGUCCUCUUCAUCUGGAAUUAGGUCCAACAGAGGCUAUCGUCUCUGUCAGUCAUUUGAUGAGCAGCAGGCCAUGACAACCGAGAUUAAUAUUGGUCAUACCCACCGUAUGCUUAGGCGACAACCAGCCAUAGAGGUUCCCUUGGGAUCUGAACUUAUGCCAGAAGAGACACCCCCCAACUCAUCCUCUUCAACCACUGGCACUGACACAUCCAGAUAUCCAGAGCAACAAGCACCGCACAGUACUUUGAACACAUUUGAAUGCAAAGUAUGUAGAAGAUCUUUUCAGCAUUUACAAAACUACACAGCCCACAAAGGUGUGUGCAAAGCGCAGCAAACACUGGAACAGGAGAGUAGCGGCACAAGUAAGACCUGCAGAGAGGAUCGCCCUCCAAUGAUGAUGCACUAUAAGUUCAGGGCAAUGGCUAUGGCUGUAAGGAAGAGGAGGAAAGAGGAGAGCAUAGAAGAGGAUCUUCCAAGUCCUGGGUCCGGAACCAUGUCAGGAAGUUCUACGAGCAUCAUUGCAGCGGCAGGACCACCAGGACACAGCCAGGCACUCUCAGAUGUAGGUGGUACUGUCCAGGUGGAGCCGGAACAACAGCAACAUCGAGAUAGGAAGGGUGUGUCUGUAAUUCAGCACACAAGCUCCUUUGAAACACAGGAGACUCUUUCCAUGGAAAGUGAGGAAACUAAUGUCAAAGAGGUUCACCAAGCACAACCACCUCUUCCAAAACCAUCACCUUCUACAUCUCGCCUCAUUCGCCAGCCCAACAUCCAAGUGCCAGAGAUCCUUGUUACAGUGGAGCCUGAUGCUGACAUGCCAUCCAUGUCUCCACCAGUAACUUCAUGUUCAUCUAAGGAAGCAGACAGAGUGGAAGAGUUUCAGUGGCCUCAACGUAGUCAGACUUUGGCUCAGCUCCCUGCAGAGAAACUGCCCCCAAAGAAGAAAAGACUCCGCUUAGCAGAGGCAGCACAAUCCUCUGGGGAGUCUAGCUUUGAGUCCGUGUCACUACCCCGGAGCCCCAGCCAGGAGAGCAGCAUGUCCCACACGUCAAGUCUUUCUGCGUCUUUCGAGGAUGCAACAAGGUCAGAGCCUGCAGUCUGGGGCAGCAGUAGCCAAAGUACCCAAAUGUUGACUGUGCCAUCAACUUGCCAACAACAGAGCCAAAGCCACAAGGAGAUGAGGCGUUCAGCUUCAGAGCAGGCCCCUCAGAAAGUAGAGCAGGUGUCAGACACCAGAAGUAAAUCUUUCGACUUGGGAUCUUUGUCCUCUCAGCAGUCAGCAUCAGCCUGGAAAGAACGGCGAAAGUGUCUCCUUGUAAAGCACGCAACCUUAGGGGAACCUGAGCAAGAGGAGGGGGGCAGCAUAAGUCAAUUAUCCAGAGUAGAAAGUCCGAAACCUGGGCCUUCCCACUCAGUCCAACCUCUUUUCUAUUCAAACGCCCAUUUAAACCUGAAGAACACAGGGAAUGUCUUGCAGUUGUUACAGCCACAGAUCCUUCCUCGAAAUAUGAUUCCUUCGCAUGAAAGCAUCCAACAAACGAUACCUCCAGCACCUCUGUCUCAGCUACUCCCAGUCACUACGGUCUCCCAGUUCAUUAACAGAACCUUUUUACAUUCACAAACUGUUCAACCUCUGCAGGUACACCCAAUGCAGAUCCAAAUGGCGGAACAAAUUGGUAUACCAUUCCACCAACUUCCUGCUUUAGUCCCUGUUCAAUUUCCUUACAGUGUGAGUCAGUCCCUGUACUCGCCUGCCACACCAUUACAUUCCGCACAGAUUAUAUCCUCUCUUUCCACUGAGGGAAGUGCCUCAUACCCUUAUCCAGGCCCUCUCAUUUCCACUUGUGGGGCACAGUUUACACCAGCGGUGUCUCUUGUGGUGCCAGUUCGCCUCCAUACCCAUAUACCUACCUAUACACGUGCCAUGUACACAACCUUGUCCCAGAUCCUGACAUCUGCGUGUCCACAGGACCCCAUAUUGUGCAAGACCAUGACAAUAAUGGACAAAGUGGAACGGCGCAUGUUACAAAGGUCUUAUUUGAAGGUCCCCUCACCAGACAUCAGGAUUCACCAUCCUGAGGAACUGCAGUCAUCAUCAAUCGAGGAAUAUGGUCCACUUGGAGCAGGAGGGAGUAAACGUAUGCUCUCACCUGCAGCUAGUCUUGAGCUCAGUACCGAAGCUCAACGUCACCAGAAAAGGGUAAAAGAGGAAGCAGAUGGCGAGAUACACAAGUCUGAAGUAGAGGUAGAGGAUUUUGACAACAAGGUACAUAAGGAGGGAGACUGUAAAACAGGUGGAGAACAACUGGAAGAUGUUGGGAAGAAAAAAGAAAUGCUUGAGGUAACACCCGUAAAAGAGGAGGGGGAGCUGAAUCAGAGACACAGGGAACUGAACAAGGAGGAAAAACUGGGGGAAGAGUCAGUUGCAAGAAAUCAAAAGGAAAAGGUGCCUCUAGAGAAAAAGACUGAGAGAGCAAACACCCAUUCAUACCCAAGCCUUCACACGUCAACCUCUGUCAUCUGGUGCUACCUUAACUAUGUUAAACCCAACCCAACUGCACAGAGGGACCCUCGUAACUCAGUUUAUUCUACCUGGAGUGUCAGCGGACACAACCCAAACUUGCCAGGUGUCAGUACUAAAGUGGCCUUGUCUCUGCUGUGCUCCAAACAGAAGUAUAGUUCAGAGACGUACACCAUUGCCACGGCUCCAAAUCCGGCCAAAAUUGAAAAUACCCCUGCAAGUAGCAGAACCCCACGAAUGUCAGAGGUACAUCCCAUCACGGCCUCCUCCACUGAUGUAACAGAUCACCAGCAUGAAAAAGAGGAGGAUAAAGAGACGAGGGACGAGGAGGGACCUUCCACCUCAAAACAGUGUGAAACAUCUCAUGUUCGCAUCUUUGAAGGCGGGUAUAAGUCUAACGAAGAGUAUAUUUACGUUCGAGGGCGUGGCAGAGGAAAGUACAUAUGUGGGGAGUGCGGCAUCCGCUGUAAGAAGCCCAGCAUGCUGAAGAAGCACAUCCGAACACACACUGAUGUCCGUCCGUACAUUUGCAAACACUGCAACUUUGCCUUCAAAACCAAAGGGAACCUUACCAAACACAUGAAGUCAAAAGCUCAUGGGAAAAAGUGCCAGGCAAUGGGAGUGUCUGAACCCUCUGCAGAUGAGCCAGAGAGCGAGGAAACAGCAGGAAGUGAUGAACAUGCGUGUUGCUCCGAGGAACAGGAAGAACACCAGUUUUCCAAUGUGGAGGAGUCGGAGGAUGACGACGACGAUGACGAGAAUGAGGAGGAGGAGGAAGAGUCUCACGACGAUCCUCCUUCUUCCUGUUCGUCAGAUACCCUCACAUCAACCGCGGGUCGUUCCAAAUGCAGCGGGAUUUCUCAACAGUGUACUCCAGAACCCGAGCCCGCGGGCCUCAGUCCCAGUCUGGAUGUCUCCCAAAGAGGGGCUUGGCACAGUAGACGGGCCACCUCGCCGGGUAGCAUGAGAGCUCUGUUCUCUCGACGGAGCUGGAAGGCAUCACCGAGAGCCUUCUCCCCCAGCAGUGAGAGCUGUUCCCCAAGCCACAGCCUCUCCCCCCGCCUGGAGCUUUCCCCAACCGUGCAUGGACUGUCCCCAAGAACAGAUCUCCCCUCACCCAUCCGGCAAGUGUCACCAUCCCCUGACAGAGGACCGUCUCCCAUCAGACCCGCCUCGCCGCUUCACCCCAUCUUGCCAGACUGCUAUGGGUUAUCACAUGCUAGUAAACCAUCCAUGCAGGUUGGAGUUCAGCAGAGGACCCUUGGAUGCCUUCAUUGGGAACACCGUGGCGCAAAGGGAAAUCAUAUGAAAGUGGACAAAAGUGGCAGUGCAGGGGACGUUUGGUCAUCGUCAGAAACCGAGUUCCCACCUGUUCUUCGCCUUUCCACGUGCGAGAGUUAUCCUGGCCACAGAGCUGCAGACAACAUCUUCAGCCAUCUACCCAUGCACUCCCAACAUGCCAAUGUCCCAUAUCUGAUGAUUCCCAUCGGAGGGAUUCAAAUGGUACGGGCCAGGCCAAGGUCCAAUCCUUCCACCCCUUUGUCCCCAAUGUCUCCUUCCUCGGAGGGGCCCUCACCGGCCAGGUUUGACUCAUUCUGGGGCGGGACCCCAGGACCUCACAGCAGUCAGACUCCUGGAAGUAAGUGGUCGACAGACUCCCAAGCAGCUGAGGGCAGCCAGUCAGGAAGGUGCACCAGUGCACAAAUCAUGUGUUCCAAACUGGAGUUGGAGACCACGGACUCAAAGCAAUAUGGCAGCUCACGAAGCUCCGCCCACACAUGCAGGCGUGCUACUGAGUCGAGCGAACGUCACUUUGAAGACGUCUGCGAAGAGACGUCCUUUAGUCUCACAGCUCCUGCGUCCAUGGGCCUGAGUGAACAGCCGCCAGAGGAUGAGGGCAGAGCGACAGCGGACGCAGCGGGAGAAGAUCAGAGCACCUAA